CGCCUUUGUAAACAUGUCGAGCUCUUGGCUGGUCUGCCUCUUGGCCUUUCUCGUCGGCGUGGUGGCCUUGAGCCAAGGCCUUCCCCUUCUGGAGGAUCUGGAUGAUCUGGAUGAGAAGAGCGUUCCGGGAGGUCGCAUUGUGGGUGGCUACGUGACGGACAUAGCGCAGGUUCCGUACCAGAUUUCCCUGCGCUACAAGGGCAUCACCACGCCGGAGAAUCCCUAUCGCCACCGAUGCGGAGGAUCCAUUUACAAUGAAACUACAAUAGUGACAGCGGCGCACUGCAUCAUCGGCACGGUGGCUAGUCAAUUCAAGGUGGUGGCCGGGACCAACUUCCAAACAGGCUCCGAUGGCGUCAUCACCAAUGUCAAGCAGAUCGUUAUGCACGAGGAGUACUACUCGGGAGCUGCCUACAACAACGAUAUCGCCAUUCUAUUCGUGGAUCCCCCAUUGCCCCUCAACAACUUCACCAUCAAGGCCAUCAAGCUGGCCUCGGAGCAACCACUUGAGGGAACGAUCAGCAAGAUCAGCGGAUGGGGAACCACUUCUCCCGGCGGCUCCUCCUCGAACCAACUUCUCGCCGUAGAUGUUCCGAUUGUGAGCAACGAGUUGUGCGACCAGGACUACGAGAACUUCGGCGAUGAGACCUACCGCAUCACAUCGGCCAUGUUGUGUGCCGGCAAGCGGGGAGUCGGCGGUGCGGAUGCCUGCCAGGGAGAUUCCGGAGGACCGCUGGUGGUGCGCGACGAGCUCCAUGGAGUCGUGUCCUGGGGCAACAGUUGUGCACUGGCCAAUUACCCCGGCGUCUACGCCAAUGUGGCGUACCUGAGGCCCUGGAUCGAUGCUGUUCUGGCAGGGCUCUAAAUGCAUUAUGUCAUCAUCCCACGUUUUGUAAAUAAAUCGGCUUCUGCAGCCACGUGCCCUGGGUUUUGCCGAA